AUGAUAUUUAAUUAUCUUUUUUCGUUUGUUUGUCUCUUAUCGAUCACUAAUGGUCAAUUUAAUAAAGAACAUUUAACAAAAUUACAAGGAUUAGAAUGUAAUGAACCAUCUAUUACUCUUCAUAUAUUCUCUGGUACACCAAAUCCAGUUUGGAAAAUUGAUAUAAAACAAUUAAGUCAAAUUAAAAAAUUAGCUUAUGAAACAUUAUUUAACAAUAAUGAUAAUAAUAAUACAUUAUUAAGUAAACCAACAACAAGAGUUAUGGGUUAUCAUGGAUUUACUAUUAGUUGUUCUUCGAAUCAAUAUGUUUUUGUUAAUGGUUUAUCUCCAAUUGAAAAUUUAUUACUAUUAGGAGGUCGUCGUCAUCUUUCAGCAUCAAUUAUUCAUCAUGUUAAAGAUCAUCUUGGAGAAAUUAUGUCGGAAAUUACUAGUAUACAAUCUGAUAAUGCUGAUUGUAAUCAUGUUCCAAUCAAAGGUACUGAUGCAGUACCUGUAUAUGAUCCAAAAACCGAUGAUAAUGGAUGUUUCGUUACAAAAGAAUCAUCAAAUAAUUGUUAUGCUUAUGGUACUGAUAUUGUUACAAAUACAUUUCCACAACCAGGUCGAGGUAGUGGAAAAAAAUGGUCAUUGAAUACAUGUGAAGAUAUGGGAAAUUCAUCGAUUCGUGAUGGUUUAGUUUAUAAUGGUACAACAUUACCAACAGGUAAACCAGAAAAAGGACAUUUUGUUGCAUUACUUAUUUGGCCAGAAACAAACUUUCAUUGGAUAAGAAUGGAUGCUAAUGGUUUUUGGUCACAUAAACCAGGAGGUACUCCUGUUCGUAAUAAAGAUAACCGAGACUUACCAAUAACUGAUCCAUCGAAAUCAGAUUUUUCACCAUGGACACAAUUUUGUUCUUAUUAUGUUGCACAACCAUCCGUACUUAAAAUUAAUUAA